AUGGUUGGUCUAUUUAAAUCCAAGUCUAUUCAAAAAGAACAGCCAGUCAUCACAACUUCAACAGAUGGUGCUUCAUCGUCCUCUACUCCAUCUCAUGAAAACGUAAAUGAAAUGACAGUAAUGCAACAAGGAGAGGAUACAGAAAAAAAUGUGUCAGGUUUAACUGUUGAAGAUGUUAUUCCUGAUUUUGACGGUAAGAAAUGGUAUCAAUUAGCUCAUAUUCGUUCUCUAUGUUUUACAAUUUUUGUGAUAUCAUUAACUUCAUGUAAUAAUGGGUAUGAUGGUAGUUUAUUAAACUCUUUGUAUACUGAAGAUCAGUUUAACAAUGCUAUUGGAAAUGUGUCUGGCGCUGUUUUGGGUAGUAUGAGCAACGGGUUUGCUUUUGGUUGUUUAAUUACUUUUCUUAUUACGCCGUAUUUAGUUGACACUUAUGGCCGUAGAGCUACCUUAUAUAUCGGAGAUAUUAUUAUGAUUAUUGGUACCAUUUUACAAGCUUGUUCGGGUGCGUGGAUUCAUGGAUUGCCUUCUAAUUAUAAGAAAAAAGAUGUCUUUGGAAUGUUGUUAGCCUCAAGAAUUAUUUUGGGUAUAGGCUCCGGUGUUGCAAGUGUUGCUGCUCCCUCCUUAAUCAGUGAGAUUUCCUUUCCAACUCAUAGACAAACAGUGACCACCUAUUAUAAUAGCAGUUGGUAUUUGGGUGCUAUUGUUUCUGCUUGGGUAUCAUUUGGCUGCAAGAAUUUGCAACAUCAUUGGGAUUGGAGAGUACCUGGUAUUAUCCAAGGGUUUUUCCCGUUACUUCAAUUGUGUUUAUUACCAUUUUUUGUUCCUGAAUCACCAAGAUUUUUGGUUGCCAAGAAUAAAUCAAUGCUGGCUAGAGAAAUCUUGAAUAAGUAUCAUGCUGGUGGUUACGAAGGUGCUGAUGAACUAAUUGAUUAUGAAAUGACUGAAAUUCAAUUGGCUAUCCAACAAGAAAAACUUGCAUCUUCUUCCAGCUACGCUGAAUUUUACAAAACCAAAGCCAAUUUGAGAAGAUUGUGGAUUAUUGUUUGGUUGGCUAUUUUUAUGCAAUUGAGCGGUAAUGGGUUAGUCUCUUACUACUUGGGAAAAGUUUUAACUUCCAUUGGUAUCAAAUCUACCAAUGAACAAUUGAUUGUUAACGGUGGCUUAAUGAUUUACAACUGGGGUGUUUGUGUCAUCCAAUCGUUUCUAAUUGUCAAUAGAUUAAAGAGAAGAUUAACAUUUAACAUUUCUGUAGGUGGCAUGUUGUUUUGCUUUACCAUCUGGACAAUUUUAUCUGCUAUUAAUCAAAAACGUGACUUUCAAGAUAAGAGUUUGGGACAAGGUGUUUUGGCUAUGAUAUUUUUUUACUAUUUUUUUUACAAUUUUGGUUUAAAUGGUAUGCCAUUUACUUAUGUAACUGAAAUUUUACCAUUUACUUUAAGAGGCAAGGGUAUGAAUAUUUUCACUUUAGUACAAUACGGAGUGAUGUUAUAUAAUGGAUUUGUCAAUCCAAUUGCCAUGGAUGCUAUAGAAUGGAAAUAUUACAUUGUAUAUUGCUGUAUUUUAGCUGUUGAAUUUCUAGUGUGCUUCACAACUUUUGUUGAAACUAGUGGUCGUACAUUGGAAGAAGUGGCCGAAGUUUUCGGUGAUGGUAUUCAAGAUUUGAACAAUAUUAGUGGACUUGCCGUUAUGGAGGAGGAUAAAAUAAAGCCAAAUGAUGAAACUGAAUUCCAGGAAUAUGUUUAA